UCCACAGUCCACAAGAAAAGAAGAUCGUGUGAUCGAAACGUACGUGGUUGUACGCCUCAAGAAUUAAUCGGCACCGUUAUUUCCCGAUGCAUGCUAGCGAAAAUAAGGAGUGGUGGUGACAUUUCCGAUCAUGUGGCGCGCACGUCAGGACGAGGACGACGAGAUUUGAGGAAGUUUUAGGGUGUGUUUGGUAGGUCGGUCCUGCUCAGAUUGUCUUUCCCGACGGAGACUUCCUCACCCUAUACAAGCUAAAGUCAGAUUUUACCGUGCGUUUGGUGGGUUGGGUGUGUUCACCCAUGCUGAGGCAAGAGGUUGUUUGGUGGUUGUAUGAGCUGAGAUCGUGUUGAGCCAAUAAAUUUUACACAAAAGUCCCUGAAUAGAAAAAUAAAAAGCAACCGGGUCCUUUGUUCAACCAAGCACCGCACUGUGCAAGCUCCGGCAAUGGCGGCUGCUUCGUGGCGGCCGUGGUGGCGCGUCGAGGCGAUGGUGGAUGGAGCCGGUCUGGCGGCGCGAGGAGUGGCGCUUGGUACGUGAUGUCCAUGGCGGCGCGAGGAGCCGGCCUUGGCGACGCUGGGCAGCUGCCGUCGGGGCGCGAGGAAGAGGGGCCUGGAGCCGGCGUGGCAGCGCGAGGAGGAGGGGCUUGGAGCCGUCUUGGCGGCAUGAGGCGGCGGCGCUUGGUGCUGGCCAUGGCGGUGCGAGGAGCUGGCCUGGUGGCGGCCACGACAUCGGAGGACGGGAGCGAGGAGAGCGGAUGCUCAAGACAGACGUGGGUGCGGGGGGAAAUGACCUGCUCGAGAGUCACGGGGUCGCGACCCGGGCUACCUCGCACAGUGUUUUGCGGGAUCAGCUCAUCCCGGAUGAGCAGCGAAGCUCGAUUUGAGCUUCGCUCUUCAUCCCGGCUCUGAGCCCUUUUCUGUAUCUGCUCGGCAGUGUGGAGAUGGCACGAGCCGACCUAACAAACAAAGAAUCUCCUUAAAAUCUCGGUUGGGAGGAGAAUUUCUGAGUAGCCCCGGGCUACCAAACACACCCUUACUGAAGCGUCUAACUCUCGUAAGAGGCUGUGAUAUAUAUGGUGUAUAUUUUUUUUUUUGAGGAAAGGAUCUGAUUCAUAAAUCAGGAAACUCAGUACAAAUUACAGCUAGGUCCAAAAAGAAACAAAGAACAACAAAAGAACCCAGAAAUUUGCACAAAGCACCCCGAGAAGCCUGAAGAAAACACAAUCAGAUCCAGCACUUGCCCCAAACACCUAGGCGACGGCGGCGCCGCCGUACCUCUUGCCGCCGGGAAGAAGAUGCCGCCACAACAUGUAGAUGGCCGCAGGAGCUGUCCGCCUCUGAAGGACGGAUCCGAGCGUCGCUGAACAAGCACGGCCACAGCAGCCGCCCCCCGCCACCACCCAUCUUCCAGCCGGCACCGCGCCGCCUAGGUCCACCACCACGAGCCCCGCACCACCUCCGGACGCAGCUCCCCUCGCCACCAAGGCCGGCCGGAGCUGAAACGUCGACGAAGAAGACCACCAGACCCACCAGCACCCAAAAGGGAACGCCGACCUCCACCUGCUCCGCUCCUCGCCACCAAGGCCGGCCGGCGGAGCAGAGACGGAGAUCCACGCCCGACGAACCUCCACGACCUCCCCGGCGCCGAGGCCGGAACGGGGAAAGAUGGUGUAUAUUGAUUGCUGGGCGCAGAUAUUUACAAGGUCUGGUUUACAACUAGGCCACACAACCAGUGAUUUUGAUUACGUAACAACCAGUUGAAUAUAAUUGCGUUUCUUUCAUCAGAUUGGUCUUAUGGUUAAACUGGCUAGAGGAUGCAAUUUCAUAUGGUAUGAGAGCUACAAGGUCAUGGAUUCAAAUCCUAGACAAUGCAGUAUUUAAAACAAAUAUUUGUGGCUUCUCUAAAAAGAAUCCAAAAAUACAUGGCUAAGACCUGUGCGAGAUCUAAAAAUAAAGGCUCACCGGCAUAAACAUGGGGAGGUGUUAAAUAUAACUAGAUGAAACCCCGCGCGCUGUGAACAUGUGAGGAACCUCUCUUGAAAAACAUUCUCCCCUAUUAGUCAAUGCAGCAUGUGAAAAAAGUACUCACAUAACUGCAAUUAUAUGAAAUAUUGCAUACUGUAAUCAAAUGUCCCGUAAAGAAGACUAAUUUGGUCACAUGUUCGAAGCUAAGUCUUAAGAGAAACUACUUAUGAUUGCUAUUAUCUCAAGAUGUGUUCAAGUGCACAUUGUGUACUUAAGAACUCCAAAGAGUUGUUAUUGAACUAUGUAAGGGCUGAAUAUCCGACACUCAAACUUAGAUACUGUACUGUUGUUCAUAAUAGAAUAAAGAUUCUAGCAAAGAGAGACCAAAAAGAAUGUUAAGUGUUCAACUAAAACCCCCGCAAAAGAAAUGCUGAAGUGAAACAUCCUUGAAAGGUUUCACUGAACGGCAGAAAGCUUUCACUGAGCAUCUCUAUGGUGGCCAGUCGUCGUUGCCUGAUGUGUCGGCUGCCUCUGAGCGCGAGGGUAUGGACAUGAUCGUGGUUGAGACGCUUGACCUUGAGAAGGAUGGUGAUGUCGACUCGUCAGUUUCGCUCUCGCCUGGGUUCGGUAGGCAGGCAGGCAGGUGGUUACUAUAGGUGAAUGGGUUGCUAAGUUAGGGGUGUUGACACCUGUGCCCGAAGAUGUUGUUGCGAGAGAGAUUUGCGUUUUCCUUGCCACCUUGGCUGCUUCCUACCCUAGGUGUGAUAGUCCAAGAUCAGCCUUUAGGAAUGACAAAUCUAACGACUGUCGAAACAAGAAGACGGGUGCUACAGCAAAGGCAUCUGCAGUGGCUUGAUGGUUGCCCCCUUUGCCCGUGUCUGUCCUUAUCGGCGCGGUGUAGGUGUGUCAUGUCUGGAGUGUUUGUUCAACCAGACUAGGGUUUACAAGAGUCCUAGUAGAAUUCGUAGUUGAUGCGGGUCCAGCUUGUUGAGUCCUUGCGCUGGUCCAUCUUCAUAAUCUACACCGGGUAUAGCAAUGUCGGGUACUCGAAGGGUUAUGCCCACAUCACCAUCUUCAAGAGGGAUCAAUGCAUAAACCUUGCCAGGCCUACCAUCGAUGACACCAUGACGCCAGACGGCAUCACUGCCAUGCGCGAGUCAAUCAUCCUGCGUUCUUUGUUGAUAUCCCAAUGCACGAUGCUGCCGGGACUCGUAGAUGACACGUUGCUCCACCUUGGUCCCCACGCGAGAAACAUGCGGAGACUAGCGCAUAGCCACCAAGCUGUCCACACGUCCGUCCAACUGAUGAAUGGCUCCAAAGAUGAUGCCCCCCAAGGGGGUAACAACGCGUACGUCGCCAUCAUCCGGUCUAGGAGACCUCCAUAACGCCUCCAACGAGGGCUACGACAUCCACGGACAUCACCGUCAAUGGUGGCCUCCCCCGGGUCUGACCUGGAAACAAUGGAGCGAGAGACGUCCCCACCAACGCCUCCACCGAGGAAUAUGACAGACACGUCCGCUGCCGUGGAUGGUUGCAUCCUCACCCACUUCAGUAGAUGUACCAGCGUCUCCCCCUCACCAUGGAAGGUGGAGGUCACAUCGUUGCUUGACCGGCACCAUGGCCACGCACAUGCAAUCCUAAAGCUCUGUGUGGGAUCCCAGGAUCCCCCACCCAUGGCCCAACCCCCCCACCCACUGAUAGAGAAGGACGUCACCGCCAUGUUGGGAGCCGCCGCCCCAGCGUCCAUGUGGAAAGGGUGGCACAUCGAUCUCCACCUAGUAGGCCGACAAGCACACUGGCACGCCGGUGUGACCCUUCAGGCCCGACGGGACAAGAUCGGGCCCAGCACCAUGCCGUCACUGCUGACCAACUGCCACCGUAGCAGAUAUGCUAUCGCUAACCACAACCAUCGUUGGAGUCGAAGCGGGCGCCAUUCUCCAUCCCCAUGGUUGUGCCCUGGCCGGCACCUCGCCGCCGCCGUGUCGCGUUGGCUUUGCCCGGCCACACCGGAGCCUGAGUGGUGGAGAGAGGGAGUUGCCCCGGGGCGGUGCGGCACCGCCGCCCGAGGGUUAGUGUUGAGAGGGGCCGCGCCGCCUAGGGGUUAGGGUUGAGAGGGGUUGAGUUUGUGCACACUUGCGUAAAUUAUGUAAGGUUCUUUUCCUAUAGCGUGAGCAGGUUCAUACACCACCACCACAUGCCACUGUAAUUCUUUUUGAGAGAAACCACGCAACAUAUAUUAACCAAACCCAGUACAACACACGCGGCAUCUAGAAGAAACUAGAGGACACAGGACCGAGAACAUUUGCAGAAAAAACCCCCAACAAAAGAAAUUUGCACAAAAGGGCCUAGAGGUCCCUGCAAACACCAUCUUCUUCCUCCAUCGCCGGAUCCGAUCCAGCACCUCGCCAUCGCAGGCUUUGUGGGUCACACGGGAAGCUCCUCGCAAAGAGGAGCGAAGAAAUCCGCUGUCGCGCAUCGACCGGGGCUCAUCCCCAUGCUGCAGGUCGGAUCCCAAAUCCGCCGCUCCACACCGAUCAAAUCGGGUGAGAACGACCGAUCCUCCAGCAUCCCGGGCCGCCAACCUGCUCUCGAGCCAUCAUCCUCACCGAACGGUCGCCGGCGCCACCAACGGAAGCAGCCACCAACCGUCUUCCUCCCUCCUGAACAGGGACUCCAGGCUUCGCGCCGGCGCCGGAGGGCACGCCAUCGGGACGGGGUCGAAGCCAGAGAACAAAAGGCCAACAAAGCUGCCGCCGCCACCUCCUCACCGACAGCUUCAAGGCAUCGUACUCUUGCCAUCCGGGGUUGGCAAGAACCAAAGCUCACGAGCUCCUCGGCGAAUCCGAGAUGGGGCUGGAGCCGGAGCACACUUAUUGGAUGGAGCCGCGCCGUCGCCGCCACCAAAACGCCGCCGCCACCAAACCCUAGAUCUACCCUAUCUACACACCGGACCAAGAACCCCGGGGUUCCCCAUCCCUCCCGCGGCCGGAGCGGCCGGCGGAGGGACGAGGAACCCGCAGGCUUGCCGGCGGAGGGAGGGAGAAGACUGGUCGCCGCCCUCUUCGCCUUUCUCUGGAGUUAGGAGAAGGAGGGGGAAAGUGGACAGAGGUUUCCCGUAGAAAUGCAACCUGAAAUGUCAGGUAGAGCCCAUGCCACUGUAAUUCGGAAAUAUUAUCUGGCAGACAGCAUAUAUGAGCCUGCUCCUGCUAGCGCUAUUUUCCUCUGCUUAAUUUUAUUCUGAUAGCUCCAGAGUAAAUUUGACAUUCGACUCUCUAAUGAACUUCUGCUUAUCAGGACGGGGCAGACCACUACGUACGGUUCCUGUCUGCAAGAAAAGACCACGAGGAAGGACUCCGUAGUGGUAUGUAUACACAGGGGAAACGUGCACGCACCUAGUGGACCUGCAUUGGUAGUUUUACACAACCCACCGCCUCCGCUAGUACGUCCUGAUUCCGAUCACAACUCUUGGCGAAUCCACCGUUUUUUAUCGUUCCCGCAGGCAGGCGGCCAGCACUCAAACCCUAGCCCCGCAAAUCCGUCUCUGCCGAUCCACGGCCAUGGCGGACUGGAUGAUGCUCGACCGCUUCGUGUUCCGCAGGGACGACGAUCCGUCCUUCCAUGACGACGAGGCCGCGCUCUGUGCCCGCGGCACUACUUCCCAGGGCGACACCUUCCGCGUCGCCUUCCGCAUCGUCGAUCCGCCAUGCGUCUCGCGCCUCUACCUGCAGUGGCCAGGCGUCCCAAAGGAAGGUUCUUCGUGCGAUCUCGUGGCGGCGCACCGCAACCUCCUCCUACUUAGGCUCACCUCCGGCCCCAUGGACAAGGACGGGUCCCUGGUUCACCCGCAGGAUUACUUCCUCUGCGAAGGACGACGACCCUCCUCCUUGCCGGACCAGCCGCCCCUGAACCUCCACCGGAUCCCCGUCUGCACCAUACCGUUGGUUUUCCAUCUCGAUCAUGGGAAGGAGAGAACCGCGCCGCGCCCGUUCGAUCUUCACGCGGUGGGUAUCCUCAGCCACGGCGAGGACUUCGCCAUCGCACAGCUGAGCGUAACUAAACCCCAUCGGCCUGGCAGGGUAGCAGCUGACCUCUGCGUGCUCCGCUCCAACGUCAACAGUUCCGAUCACAGCUGGAAGGUCGAGGAGCAUCUACCCAUCACUUACGAUCGCGUCGAACUGUAUCAGUUGGAACGGUGGAGAACCGACAUCGUCGUCCCGUUCGAGAAGCUGCUUUGCUGGGUCAACUACAGCCUAGGAGCCAUUCUUUUCUGCGAGAUCCUCGAACAAAGGCCUGCCAUCACAUAUCUUGCGUUACCUGCUCGCGGCAAACCUGGUGAAUCAGAUCCGCAUCAUACGCAUGACCAAGUCAAGUGCCGUUGCUGCUGUGUGUGCACCACCCAAGACGGCCACGAGCUUAUGUACAUCAACAUUGGACAUGAGGGUACAAAUCUUGUUGGUCCGUUGACUGCUACUACUGGUUUCACAGGACAUAUUUUGAGGAAGGAAGAGAGCGGUCGCAUGGAGUGGGACAAGAUUUUCGCCAUUAGAUCUAAUCAACUCUGGUUUGCUGACGACUUCCCACGGGAACCUCUGAUUUUUCCUCUUGCGAAUGUGGUCAAGCCAGAUGUGAUAUACUUUCUCAUGUCCGAGGAGGCAAUGUGUGGAGUUAACAAGGUUUAUGUGGUUUCUUUUGAUAUCAAUGCCAACGCAGUGCUGAUUCUUCCAUAUAUUACAGACGACCUAGAGGGUAAAGAUGCGGACUUUGUCCAGCAAAAGUCCUAUCUACUCGACCCAUUUAUCCCUUCCGAGCUUCCAAGGUUUUUGGGGAAUAUUUCCUCGGAGCAUAGUAUGACGCAACACUAGAUAAAAGCGAGAAGAACACUACUAGAAGAGGAUCAGGAAAACAACAAGUCUCAGUUGCUUCAGAAUCUUACUGUUCACAGUUCUUGUUAUCUAAGGUUGACAAUUAGUAUGUGAUGCAUUAAUUUGUAAGAAAACAUAUAAAAGUUCAACAUUAUCAUACACAUCGUUUGAAAAAUCUAUUCAAUACUAUUUUCAUGUGAUCAAUUCAAACAUUUGAAAUAGAAUAUUUUUAAAUGUAAUAUACUGAAAAUUCAGUCCCAAAAUUCACAUCAUAGAUAUCUACUAGUUGGGUAUACAGGUAACGAAAAACCCACUCUUCAAUAAGAUGCAUGACAGAUCCUUACAUGUUGUCCUUCCCCUAGGUUGUUCACUUGUUUCACUCAGAUUCUCAAUAAUCUUUACUAUUAGUUUGCAAUGGGUGGUGUCCGUACGUGAAAAAACCAUGGUACGUAAAAAAAAAACCAGAUCGGAUCUGUCCGUGUUACCGUAGAUCGAUAGGAAAAAUUGGUUCAUAAAAAAAGACAGAUCCGAUCCGUCCGUGUUACCUUAGAUUGAUGGAAAAAAUCGGUUGUUCCGUUGCCUCAUACGCGAAAAACCGGACCCACUGCACGCAGUAGUCACCCA